UUUACAGAUUUUGUUAUUUUUUCUACAAGUUUGUCUAAUCUGUAAUUAAUUUUGUACAAAUUUUCAUACUAGAUUUAUACUUUUUUACAAACUUAGAGCAUGAUAAGGGGAGAAAAGGUCAUCUCGGAGUGGAAGCGCGGACUGAAGAAGGACUUCUGGUUUGGUGCAAUUACAUUGGCGCCGUCUGUGGGAAUCGAACCCACGACCACGUGGCUAAAAGCCACUGUUGACACCUUGGUCACUUCUGUAAUAAUUAAUAACCGUGAAGUACAACGUGUCCUUGUUGACACCGGGAGUGCACCAGACAUCAUGUACUUCCACUGUUUCGAGAGUCUGGGACUGGAUCCAGCAUUGUUGCAGAAAUAUGAUGGUCCUAUCUAUGGUUUUAACAACCAGCCUGUUCCGGUAGAAGGAGUUCUUACCCUCCAUGUGGCUUUUGGGAGUGGCAGGACCUAUGUGACCCCGUCGGUCCGGUUCCUCGUAUUCCCAACUCCUAUGGGAAUAGCAACACUGCGAGGAAACCAGGAGGUGGCCAGACAUUGUUAUAUCACCUCGGUAACACAACCCAUGAAGGGCAAAGCUCAGACACCCGAGGCCAUUCCUCAGCAAAUUCCUGAUAAUCAACAAGUUAUGGGUGUUAAGAUCGUAGAUAAUCGACCGGAAGAUGAAACCAAAGCUGCUCCGGUCGAAGAUGUUGAAGAAGUGCUCAUUGAUGACAGAGAUCCGAACAUGCCAGGAAUUCCAAAUUUAGUCUCUCAACAUAAGCUCAGCACCAAUCCAUUGAAGAAACCAGUGGCCCAGAAGCGACGUCUCUUCGGGGGUGAGAGGCUUCAGGCUAUUAAAGAAGAGGUAACGAAGCUCCUACAGGCUGGUUUUGUCAGGAAAGUUGAUUACUGUGAAUGGGUGGCUAACCCAGUUCUGGUGAAGAAGGCAAAUGGCAAAUGGAGAAUGUGCAUUGAUUACACAAAUCUUAACAAUGCCUGCCCUAAGGAUUGCUAUCCAAUGCCGAGCAUUGACAAACUAGUUGAAGCAGCUUCAGGCAAUGAGAGGUUAAGCCUCUUGGACGCAUAUUCGGGGUAUCACCAGGUGCCAAUGGCUUCAGAAGACGAAGAGAAAACCGCGUUCUAUGCUGGCGAUGAAAUUUAUUGUUAUGUCAUGAUGCCGUUUGGCUUGAAGAAUGCAGGUGCUACUUAUCAGAAAAUGGUAACCAUUGUCUUCCAUGCUCAGAUUGGCAAGAAUCUGGAGGUAUAUGUCGACGACAUUGUGGUAAAGAGCCUAAAAGCAGAAGACCAUCUCGCCGACCUUGACGAAACCUUUAACAACCUUAGAAAGAACAGGAUGCGGUUGAACCCAGCCAAAUGCAUCUUCGAAGUGGAGUAUGGAAAAUUUCUAGGUUUCAUGGUGUCCCGAAGGGGAAUUGAGGUCAAUCCAGAGAAGAUCAGAGCAAUUGCCGAGAUGGAACCACCGAAAUCAGCUGUAGAUGGAGAACUUCUUUACUUGUACUUGGGGAUUUCAGAUGAGGCCAUUAGUUCAGUUCUGGUGAGAGAAGAAACUAGACAGCAGAAACCAAUUUAUUAUAUCAGCAGCGUGCUGCAUGGAGCAGAACUGAGGUAUCCUAUAGCUGAGAAAGCAGCAUUAGCAGUCGUCACUUCGGCCAGAAAGUUGAGGCCAUAUUUCCAGUCACACCCAAUUAUAGUUCUCACCAAUCAACCUCUCAAACAGAUUCUGCAGAAACCAGAGUGCUUUGGAAGAUUAAUUAAGUGGGCAGUAGAACUGGGAGAGUUUGAGAUAACGUUUCAGCAAAGAUCGGCCAUCCGAGCUCAAGCAUUAGCAGAUUUUAUUGUCGAAUGCACUCCAUGUCCUUCAACCUCUAAUCCAGAGUCCAAUGAGUGGACCUUAUAUGUUGACGGAGCAUCUAGUAGCAAGGGUUCAGGGGCUGGUGCUCUCUUGAUUGGUCCAGAGGGAUACCGAAGCGAACAUGCCCUGAAGUUCAAUUUCGAUGCAACAAAUAACAUAGCUGAAUAUGAAGCUCUGCUACUUGGUCUACAGUUAGCAUUGGAGUUGAAAAUUAGUGCAAUUCAAAUAUACAGUGACUCCCAGUUGGUGGUAAACCAAAUUAACUCAAUCUGUGAAGUUGUUGAUCCUGUGAUGGUGAAGUACGUUGCCUGGGUGGCCGAGCUGAAGUGCAAAUUCCAGAAAUUCUGUCUGAGUAAAAUUCCCCGAACUGAGAAUGAACACGCAGAUUUACUCUCCAAGUUCGCCUCUGAUGGCCCUUUAAGUUCCAGAUCCGUUUUUGUGGAGGUCUUAGAUGAACCAAGCUUCAUGAAGCCUCGGAUAAUGGAGAUUAGCACAAACCCUGACACACCAAGCUGGACUGACUCAAUUAUCUCCUUUUUGCGAGAUGGAAUAGUACUUAAGGAAAGGCAAGAGGCAAUGAAGUUGAGGAAGAGAGCAUCUCGGUAUACACUUGUUGAUGGGGUCCUCUAUAAGAGAUCUUUUUCACUUCCUCUUCUGCGAUGCUUGAAUCCUUAUGAAGUCGAGUAUGCACUUCGGGAGGUACAUGAAGGUGUCUGUGGGAGUCACGUUGGUGCUAGAACUCUGGCUCACAAAGUCUUAAGGCAAGGAUAUUACUGGCCAAGCAUGCACAAAGAUGCUAUUCAAUUUGUUCAGAAGUGCCCGAAAUGCCAAUUCUUUGCACAUUUGACUCACCAACCUGCAGAAGAACUCACGAACCUGGUAUCACCAUGGCCAUUUGCACAUGGGUAGAAGCUCGACCAUUAUCUAGUCUUACCUCCAAGAAGGUCGAAGAUUUUUUUUUUAGUUCGAUCAUCUGCAGAUAUGGGAUCCCGAAUCAAAUUGUAGCUGAUAA